AUUUUUAAUUAUAAAACUUUUUAAUUUGCAAGCUUCCAGGAGCAACAUGGAAGAAUCUCUUUCUAUAUUGCCUCUUUCUACUGGUGCCCUCAAAUGCACGCCACAUGCAUAUACUGCAACCUCGUGGGCAGCGAGUUACUUGUAACCCCUACUUUACAUCAUGAACGCAAUUGUCUAUCGAAACGAAAAAAUGGACAUUUAUAUCGUCCUUCUGAAAUCCUACAAAUGCUAUUGGGAAAAAAUGAAAACAUCCUUAGACAUAAACAUCGAAGUCCACAUCUGUGACACAACCUAACUUUGGCACAAAGCUUCAGUAUCGAUCCCGCGGCAGCUGAUAUUCUCGACGACGACGCAAGCUCAACUCGUGACGAGGAUCCAUCGAGGUAGAGGGGUGGGCAGUUAGUCCUCUUUCUCGUUGCCGCUGUUUGGUUCCUCUUCUUCCUUCUGUCGCGGUCUCUCCUUCUUUCUCUCGCAUCCUCGCGAGGAAGAGGACGAGAAGCAGGAAAGAUGAGCGAUCAAGAGGAUCUCGACUACUACAUCAUGUUCCCAUCGUCACCAUCGUUUCCGAAAAACCCUACGGUGACUACCGGGAGCCAAGAUCAAGGAGAGGAGUACGUGUUCGUUUAUCAAGAGGAACGGCCAGUUGUCGUGCUGCUAGGAUGGGCCGGCUGCAGAGACAGAUACUUGGCCAAGUACAGCGCGAUGUACGAAGAAAAAGGGUGUAUCACACUGCGUUACACGGCACCGGUAGAAUGCCUGUUCUGGCGAAGGGACAAGAUGCCUUAUAUUGGUAAACGAUUGAUCCAGGUGAUCACAGACAAAAGUCUGGAUCAGUACCCGAUAUUCUUUCAUGUCUUCAGCAAUGGUGGUGCGUUUCUGUAUCAACACGUAAGCCUUGCAAUGCAACAAGCUAACACACCGCUGAAGGUAAAAGGGGUAAUAUUCGACAGUGCACCAGGUGAAAGAAGAUUGACUGCUCUCUUCAAAGCAAUCAGCGCGAUUAUUGGAGGACAUCCGCUUUUAAACAUACCUACGUCAUUCUUCAUUACGAUCUUCCUUUCUUUACUUUGGUUCUUCGAGGUGAUCGCACACGCUUUUGGACGCGGUUAUCCGGUGCAAACGAAUCCGAUCGCUCUUGCAGAGGAAUCCUAUUCUUGGCCUCAAUUGUUUCUUUAUUCGAACACCGACACUUUAAUACCAGCAUCGGACGUUGAAAAGUUCGCCAGCCGCCGUGCAGAACGUGGCGUUCGAGUGCAAUUGGUAUUAUUCACAAAUUCUCCACACGUAAAACAUUAUGCUACUUAUCCUGAUGUCUACGUUAACACGGUCUGUAGUUUUAUACAUGAAUGUUUGGGCUCACCGAACGUAGAAAAUCUGGAUUCGCCUCAAGAUCAUAACGAAGAGUCUAGCUCACAAAGUUACGAUGCUCUGCCUGGUCUCACUAAAAGAGUUGUGUUACCUUGCAAGGCCACGCCACAGCUAAAUUGAAGGGAAAUUAACAAUAAUGAAUUAACUAUGCAAAAAGGUGGACAAACUGGAAGGCUAAGAAAAUCAAAGUAUCAUUUGCUUUUAUAUUUCGACUUAGAAGGUUUAAACUUGUGAAGCAAGUACAAACUUUAUGGACAGCAUUGAAUCUAGUCAUUGUUAUGAAUUUGUAUUAACUAGAAAUACUUUAAAAAUUAAUGAAUUUAGCUGUUUUAAGAAAAUUCAAUGCUGUUCCAUGCAAAUGACUAAAAUAUUUCAAUUUCUGUAAAAAUGUUAAGGAUUACAGCGAAUUUCUCUAUUCUCCUUUUAUCCUUAUAUUUCUUUCUGAUAUUCCAUUCAUAUCUUCCAGUUUCUUCCCUUACUGUGUGUCCUCGAAUGUCAAUGGUGUAUGAAUUUUGCAAGUUAACAAGAUUGCGUUCCUUUUGGAAGCGUUU